AGUGAAUGAAGGACAGUUUGUAGAGGAUCUCCAGGUUUCUGGUGUCUCUGAUCAGCUCCAGCUCCACAAACACCAUGUUCCUCACGUCUUUACUGCUGCUGCUGAUUGCAGGAUGUGUCCACUCUCAGGUUCUCACACAGUCUGAGGGGUCAGUAACAGUGGCUCCAGGUGGAUCCCAGAAACUGACCUGUGCCUGCAGUGGAUUUGAUUUGAGCAGCUUUUGGAUGCACUGGGUCCGACAGGCUCCUGGAAAAGGACUGGAAUGGAUUAUUUACUAUUAUUCUGAAAGUAGCAAAAACUCAGCCCAGUCAGUUCAGGGCAGAUUCACAGCAUCCAAGGACAGCUCUAAUCUCUACCUGCACAUGAGUCAACUGAAGCCUGAAGACACUGCAGUGUAUUACUGUGCCAGAGACUCACUGUGGUGGAACUCAUACAGACAGCUGUAUAUUAUAAGUGCUGAGAUUCUACUUGACCAGUCUUCUGCUGAGGUGAAGAAACCUGGAGAAGCUGUGAAGAUCUCUUGUAAAAUUAGUGGGUAUGACAUGACAGACUACAACAUGGGCUGGAUAAGACAGAAACCAGGACAAGCUCUGGAAUGGAUUGGGAGGAUGAUCACUGGCUCAAAUUCAGCAGAAUAUGCAGAUUCCAUGAAAGACCACUUCAAAAUGACUGAGGACGUUUCUACAAGUACACAGUUCUUAGAGGCCAAGAGUCUGAGAGCAGAGGACACUGCUGUUUAUUACUGUGCUCGACAACCACAGUGA